GGAUUACCUGCUUUUCAUUUCGUCUUGCUGGGAGAACGCGUUUGGAAAUAUUUUGUUCCUCUGAGGUACCCAUAGAGGAGUCACAUGACAUACCAGGAAGACGACUGAUCGUAUUACACAGCAGCAGAGGAACAGCAGCUUUAGUCCAGAUGGCGGAGCAGAAGUUUUUGGUUGCCCAGCUGACAACAUUUUUAAGAGAAGAUCGGAUACAGCUAUGGAAAGCUCCGUAUACCACCGAAACACAGGAGGCGGGUCCUGAGCUCAAGGAGCUUUCACAAAGAUACUCUGACCAACUGAAAUACAAUAUGGAGGACAUCACCAGCGCUCUGGAAGAAAUUCGCUGUUCCGCAAUCCAGCGUGGAGCUGGAAACCAAACAUUCAAGACAAAGGGAGUGGCCACUCUGCAAGUCUUCCUGCCGAGAAAGCAGAAUAAAGGUUCCAGAAACUUCAUUGAGACUUCCUUAAAUGUCACUGGAAAGGAGCUGAGGAGUCAGAUAGCACAAACAUAUGGAUUUCAAGAAGAUUACAUAAAAAUUAUCAUUAACAAGAAACAGCUUGAAAUGGACAAAAUGCUUCAAGAGCAAGGCGUCGGCCACAACGUCAAAGUGCUUGUGCUUGAGUUGCAGUACAGCGAGGAGGAGGCUAAAAAGCGAACGCACGAAGAAGAAAAAGAAAGAGAGAAUGCAGAGAAAAGAGACGAGAGUAUAAAAAAGAAGAUGAUGCGCACCAAGAAGGGUCUGGAGAUCCUAGCCGAGAGAGGUGAAUCGUAUGACCCAGAAAGAACUCCAUACCUUGAGAUAGCCAAUCAAACAGGAAAGCCGCUCAACAUUCCUCAAGCUGCAAAAAAGGCGCUGAUGCUUGCCAUGGGCUAUCACGAAAGGGGGAGAGCAUUCCUGAAGAGAACAGAAUAUGCCUUAGCGCUGCCAUUUCUUCUGGACGCCGAUAAACAUUUCUGUGAGUGUGGCAGCGAGCUGCUGAAUAUGGUCGAUAACUAUGCUGUCCUGCAGCUUGAUGUCGUGUGGUGCUACCUCUGUCUGGAGCAGCUGGACUGCUUGGACGAUGCAGAUGGCAAGCUCGACAUAGCCCAGAAGUGCUUCAAUAAAUGCUACGGGGAAAACCAUGAACGACUGGUCCAUAUCAAAGGAAGUUACGGCCGAGAGAAAGUGCUGUUCCUGAGACUGUAUCUGCUCCAGGGAAUAAUAAGUUAUCACAGCGGAAGAGCCAAACAGGCAGCAGAAAAGCUGGCCAGGGCACAAGGUUUAUACAAUGAGCUCUCUAUAGACCCCACAAAAGUUGAGACCUUAUUACAACUGGGGUUCUCUGCACAGGAGUCUCGUCUGGCACUCAGAGCAUGUGACGGCAACGUGGAACACGCAGCAAACCACAUUGAAAGCAAAAGAGAGCAUAAAGCAAAACUUAAAAAGGAAGAGAAGGAAAAGAGAAGGAAGAGACUGGACAAGAUAAAUAUCCUGAGAGGCAUGGGGUAUUCGGAACGAGCCGCAGCAGAGGCCCUGAGUCAGACUGGAGGAAAUAUUGACCGGGCCGUUCAGCUUCUUCUUGAUGCCCCGGAACGUUUAAUUCCAAGUGAUAAUCCAGCGAGCACCAGCUCCUACCAGGUUCCACCUGAGAGUAUUGAUCAGUUGGUAUAUAUUGGCUUUCCCCGGGAAGCAGCAGAAGCGGCGCUCAGAAUCUUCCAGGGUAACACAGAGCUGGCAUCCCAGGUCCUGGCACAUCACCAGGGAACUCUCCCACCUCAGCUGGUGCAAGAACUGGAAAAAUCAUCUCUACCCUCAUCUUCCGAGGCUGCAGGGUCGAGUUCCAGCUCAUGCGCCGAGGAAUCAGAAAUUGAUCCGGUGAAGGAAAUCUUGGAUGAUAUACCGGAACAUGAGGAGGAUUAUCUGGAUCUGACAUUAGAGGAGGAAGGAGUUGUGCUCAAUGAGUAUCUGUCUUACUUAGAGAAGCUGUAGCCCAUGCCUGCAACAUGGCUCUGUUUUCUAAUGAAACCUUCAUACCAUCUCUUUUAUACCAGCUUUUCUACCAGCCCUUAACCCCUUCAUCUCUGCCCGGAUAUUGGGUCUCUCCUGUAUCCAGCAAGAAGGUACCUUACAUAUUGCCCUUGUGCUUCUCUCUGCCCGUCCAUUAGGAUGUGCUGUAACUCCGAGACACAAGAUCAGCACAAAGGAUCAUUUCCAGAAGCCAAAAUAUAGCUAGGAGAAAAUUCUAGUUUCACCAGCCAAACAGAAAAACAUGGCUUCCCUUCUUCUGCAUCUUGCCCCUUCAAGGGGUGGAACCAUUAAAACUUUUGCGGAGUAAUGUAUGAGCACCAAUCAGCAGGUACUGCAGCAUCUACUGCUGCUUUUAAGCGAACACAUCUGAUUGGGGAUAUUUCCCCUUUAAAUGGGUUGUUCUCCUUUAAAUAAACUGUUGAUAUGCUGUAGAGAGGGAUAUUCUGAGA